UUUCGUCGUUCCUUCAAAGGCUGCGCUGCUGCUGCUGCCACUGCCACCACGCUCGUUUUGCUCUCUCGCUCGCGGCCCAGGUGCAAUCAUCCCGACCGUGCCGAACUGCUGGUAUCUCAUCUGCGUGCUCGCUGCACUGCACUGGAUCGUCUGAGCGCUUAAUAAUCUGUCAGCCUAGUAUUCUUGGGCAUCACCGGGAUACAGGCAUUCCAUCCAAGGACUUAAUAUUCAGCCUCUUUUCUUGUUCCGCUAAGCCAACAUUGGCGACCACAUUGACCAAGUCCGGGCACUCAUAAACACCUCGACACUUGGGCGCCGUCGGGAUCCAAUUUCCCUCCGAUCAUCGCCUUACACCGGACCGCAUAUAGCACCACACCUCAACCGCAAAGCUGGCGACGUCUGUAUAUGCAUCACCGCCUUUCUCGCCGUUGGCGUCGUCGAGGAAAGGGCAGCCAGCGUUUGGGGAUCGCGUCGAUUCUGUGAUGGACUACAAUGAUCCAUCACGACGGCAGUACGCGCAACAAGGUGCCUAUGCACCCCAGCAAUCGCAGAGCAGCGGCCAGUCUGGCAGCCAGUACGCAACUCCCGGCGGAUCUGUCGAACGUUUCCGACAAUCGACAUAUAUGCAACAGUCGCCCACCACAGUACCGUCAACAGGAAGAGCAAGCAGCGAUGCGCAGGUGUAUGGCUUUGCGCAAAGCUCCCAGUAUGGUCCUGCAGCAUCUGCAGCUGCACAAACGAUGCAGUACGCGACCGACUUGCAGAGCCCGGCAGAUCCGCGGUCGCAGGACACUCAGCAGUACUCGCAGUAUGGAUCCAACGUUAUGUAUGGCAUGUCGCAGUCAGCACAGUCGGCGACGCAGUCACCUUACGAGCAGGUAUCACGCUACUCCCAAAGACCCGGCACAGCUUCCGAGACACUGGCUUCCCAAUUCGGGGUUGCGCAAACCGCCGCACAGUACUACCUUGCAGGACAGUCGCUACCGAGCGCGACGGCGCCCGAACUGGCAGCACCGCACUUGCCCUCUCAAUACCCGCAAUCUGCUUACGCCGAAGCUGGACCUUCAUCGACUUACGCCAGCGCAGCGAUGCUCGAUCCUACACAACCAGGCGCGUAUUCGUACACCACGGCUGCCACGCAGUAUGCGCCAAAUUCAUCGACGUCGGUCGAUCAGGCCUUCAGCAACUACCAGCAUAAUAUUCGCACCAUUUUUUCGAACGUGCGGGAAGGGACGUUGCGAGACCUCGGCGGGCACUUGCUCGAGGUUUCGCACUAUCUCCUGGGCAACGCAGAAGCUCUAGGACUUACCAGAGAUGACGAUAACCUGCACGAUGAGCGCAUUCGUCUCUGGGACGAGUUCAAUCGAGCUUGGCUCGCUACAUUGCAAAAGCAGUUCGACGUGACCCAAGAAUGGAUACGAUCGGGUGGCGGUCGUGAUUCACCCAGUAUCAUGAGCCAGCAGGUAUUGGAGCAUCUGUCGCGUGAGCUUGUCAGGCUUUGCGACAGCAUUGAAAAACACGGUCUGGUCGAUUACCAAAUGGGCGUGGCAGAGGAAGAGAUCAUGGAUCUGCUGCUCCGCUGCCUCAGCCUCUUGGACCCCGAGAGCGCUACUGCCGGGGCAGAAUCUUCUGCAUCGGCUUCUGCUGCAAGAGAACGAUAGCACCCCGACAGCCUGGGAGAUUUUUUUCGCGACUCAUGACGAUUAUAGCUGAUAAUCAAUUGAUCGCCUUUUUUUCCUUGGCAUCCACCGCGGCCAAUAAUGGAGUUCUACUACACGAUCUGGCUCACGCCAUGCACCAACAUCAACUUUUGCUUAUUACGGGCGCGCUAAUCCGGCCGCGCACACUCUACUGCUACUGCUACGCGCUUUUCUUUACUACUACUACAAGAUACCACUACUACUAUUGGGGGCGGCUUUCUGUAUGCAUUUGAUGGCCGGCGACGAGCAUGAAGGGACGACUGGUUUUUUAUUAAUCAUAGCAUUUACAAGGCGAAAAGGAUGAAACAUGGGAAAGAGAAUACUGCUGUUUGCUGUAUUCACCAGAGAGGGCAACCAUCAUUUUCUGGCUGGUCCAAAAAUGGCGCGCGCCGGGUUUUGCAUUAUGACGACAUUUUGCGGCAGGACAAGAUGUACUGUAGAUAAUACUAUCCAAAAGCGUGGACCUGUGCGACGUGUUCGCGUUCGCUGUCCUUUUUGCUUG